CCCAGGCAGCGUUUAAUUGCAGAGUGCAAAAAGCUUUGGUUUGGCUAAUGAGCUCAGCAGCACCGGAGCUGGGACUCUUUUAACGCAAAUCUCUGACAGACAGAAACACACAUAAGGAGUCCUUUUUCCUGGCGGCUGGAGUUUGGGUGGAGGAGAAAGAAGGAACUCCUAAAUUCAGGUACAGGCGACUCUGUGAGAGAAUAUACCAGAGGCAGGAUACGGAGUAAGAGGUGGAGUGAGAGAGAGGAGAGCGGGAGAGGGGAGGGGAGGAAACGGGAAAUACACAGUCACAGAGAGAGAGAGCGAGAGAGAGGGAGAGACUAGAAGCCUGCAGCAGCAAAUGAGACAGAACAACGAGGCGGGAGAGGUAGAGAGACAGAGAGGGAGGGAGGUGGAGAGGGGCCCCGUGUAGGAGAGAGGGCUACAGGGUGAGGAAGAAGGAGUAGAGAAAAAGUUAGAAGUAGUAACAGAAAGAAGGUCCAGCAAAAGAGUGGUGCAAAGAUUAACAACUACAGGAGAGAAGAAGGAGGAGAAGGAGAAGAAGGAGAAGGAGAAGAAGAAGGAGAAGGAGAAGGAGAAGGAGAAGGAGAAGAAGAAGAAGAAGAAGAAGAAGAAGAAGGAGAAGAAGAGAAGAAGAAGAAGAAGAAGAAGAAGAGAAGGAGAGAAGAAGAAGAAGAGAAACAACAGACAGGAAGGAAGGGGAGGUCUUGGGUAGAGAGGAGGAAAAAAAAGGGCUGAAGAAAAGUUUUUCUUGUGGGAAGACGCAGAUGAGGAAAACAGAGCGAGUGAAUGAGAGAGCAGAGAGAGGAGGAAACCAAUUGUUUUCUAAGGCGUUUUCCACUCAAGCCUCUGGACUUCUUUGGACAUGUACACAGAAGGCGCACAAACAACGGGACACCACCGGUUUCACCAAAAGCACAUCAACAAUACAACACCCUGCUCCUGCCAGCACUGCGUCCACUAUGAUCAGCCAGCGUUCGGCCAACACGGUGGGCCAGCAUACCAACCAGCACCAGAGAGACAGACGGACCACCCAUCUCUGGACUGCAUGAGAGACGUCCAGGCCCCUCGGGUUAAAGACGUAGGGGGCAGAGCUAUCCUGGUGGACAGAGCAGAGAGAAGUGGUCAUCGCAGCCCACAGAGGAGGCCUGUGUUUGGGGGGCCGGGCCCUUACAGCCAGUCACACGACUUCAGCCAAGUUUGCCCCUGGGAACUGAACCCUGCCCAGUGGAGCUACCCACCGGAGCCCGGGGUGAGACACUACCCGUCUGUCAGGGAACAGUGUGGCUGUGUGAUGCGCUGCGACACCAGGGCACACCCCUUUAACGCUGGAAUACCUCAUCCUCUCCCACAUCUUCAGGUCAAAGGUCCAGGUUACCGGCACAGGAGGACAGUCAGGUAUGUCUGCGUCGACGAAGAGGAGGAAAGUUGUGGUUGUAAAUCUGAGAACUAUCAUUCUGAGCCACAAAAUCCCCAUUUAGGUCAUCUAAACAAGCCCAAUGGCCACUGUGGACAGAGGGCUGUGUUCUCUGAGGGAGGGGAGGAAAGAGAUAGCCAUCAGGACCGGGGCAGACUGAAGGGUGGAUCAGAGGAAGGCUGGUAUGGACGCGGUGGCUCUCACAAAGGUUUCUUCCCCACAGAAGUCCCCCAAAAACAGUUGAACCAAAGCAGACAGAAGGGGCCCUGCGUCCCACCCUCUGGCGUCACCGUCCCCAGUCCUGAGCCCUCCAAACCGACGACUAACGACCACCAGCGCCAGGGUUCGGAGGUGGUGACGCAGAAGAGGAGGCAGGAUUCAGUGAGGGAUCAAAUCAGACAAGUGGUGACAAAUCUGGAGGAUGUGUUGGGGGGUCUGAAGCAGGUUCACGUGGAGAUGAAAGAGGUGGUUGAGCAGAUUGAUCGUCUCACGGCGAGUAUCGACCUCAGCGACGAGGCGCCCUGCAUCUCUCAGGGGCCGUCCAGUAACUUCUCCUCUCAUCAUGGGGAGCUCAGACUGGCCCUGCUGCCCAAUCACCAGCCUGCUCCGGUCCCGACGUCGCAACACCUGGAAGAAGAUCGCAUCAUCUUAAGAACAAACUCUCCUUCUCCUGUUCACACGGCAUCAGUCGUCAAAACCAGCCGCUUCACUCCACCCAUCCACCAUAAAGACAUCAUCAAUGAGAGGCUGGGGUUAAACGGCCACCCGCCUCACCUGUAUCCCCCCAGAGACUCCCACCAUGUUGGGCAAACUCACUUAGAGCCACUUCCACACAGCCUGGACCCUAAAGUCAUUAUCGGUAACAGCACUUCUAAUUCAAGGACUCAGAAGCCUCCCCUGUACCCCCAAAAUGGGCGCUGUGGGAAGGGCCCUUACCCAUAUCCGAAGACUGUGAGACCCCCUGCGUACCCUGAGAGAGGCAGAGAGAGCACCAGCAUGGUGUGAGGAAGGGGGGAGUGGUCUGCCCCGGUGCCAAAGGGGGCCUGAAACAUGAGACCCUGCUGCAGCGAGUGGAGGUCAGAGUGGGACCAGGCAGGGGAACAACUCAUGCAGGAGCUGAUGCCGCUGAGAGGAGCUGUCAGCGGGCGGAAACAGAGCGCGGCCUGAAGGUGGGGAUAUUUCCAAAGGGAAAACUCCCCCCAAGAGUCGACCUGCGACUGUAUGUCACGCAGGCACAGGAGCAUGGAGGAGUGGCAGUCAAACCUCUGAGAAUUUAAGCUGUGCUAUUUCUGGAGAGGUAGAGGCAAAUAUUGAGCAGGGUAAACUGUGAAGAUAAGGAAUCAUUUUAUAGCAGUGUUUAUUUAUUUUAUACUAUUUUUUUAAUGCAAAGGAAUCUAUUUUCAGGCAGCUUACACUAGUCUAGAAAGAUACCUAAACAACGCUAUAUCAAGAUGUAUAUCAUCUAAGCUAUCGGAGAGAUAUUUUACAAAUAAAGACUUUAGGCUGUUUUUCCUCAAGGUUACAUGGUUGUUACAGUAUGUAAUGAAACCAUCAGCAAAGACACAGGGAAAUCAAAGAGGUAGAGAUUCACUUAAAAUACAACAAACUCUUCUCUUUCACACAAAUCAAUCUGACUUCUCAAUUAUCUAGAGAUGUUGGAUUGACUGCUGAUUGUCCCAGAUUUCAAUGUAAAAUAAAGUUAUUGACGGCAGCAUUUCAUCCCCAUCGACUGUUAAAUUAUUAAUGCAUUCACUGAGUCUGACGUAGUAAUCCCCAAAUGUUUCUGGAUGAUGUGGAAAUACUUCUUUGGCUGAUCUGGAGAUGGCGGUGUGUGAUCUCUCAUGGCCAUAUUCUGUCAGGGUGUCACGGGCCAGCCAGGCCACAGUCUGUGUUUCUGUUUGUUUAAAUCUUGUCUGAGAUUUUCACCACUCUGCUCUCACAAGCCACUGAUGCUGCUAUCAGAGCCCACCGCUUCCCUUCUGCUACUAAAAUAAUCCAUCCACAUCACAAAACAUUCCGCACUUCCUGUCUGUUUUUAUCACUGCUGGAGAGCAACAGUAUUGGGUCUGAUGAAGGAUGGCAAACUGAUAACUGUCCCGAGUCCCGACCACUUUGUCUCUCACUGUCUGCGUGGUGAAUCACAGAGGAGUUUGCAAAAAUGCGCUGAAGGUCGGACAGAAAGGUUAAGUGUAAGAGACCAAUAUCAACGGUCAAGAGCAAGAUUUAAAAUAAUGUUUUGUUCUUGGCAUCCUGAGCAUCCUUAUAUAUCAAGAUUCAAUAAUGGUAUACACCAGGGCAUUUCAUUAUCGAAUGAUCCGCCCAUUACUUUGUUUGAGUAAUCUUUAAGAGUUUAAUAUGUCAGGAAAUUGUGAUACAUUUCCAGAGCAAAACCCUAAAUCAGUGUCAUCUAGGUACGUUUGCUUUUUGAUAACAGAUUCAAUCUCAAUAAUAAAACGUGCUAAUUGGCAUUUUAGCUGCAAAUCAAAUGCAUCAGUUGCAGCUAGUUAAGAUAACUGAAUACAUGAACAGCACCAGCUUUAAACACAAUUGUACAUAGAUGUAAAACCAAGUAAGUACAACUUCCACGGCUGUCAUUCAAUGCUAUAGGCCCGAUACAUUACAUAGCCUUCAAUUGGAAAAGAGAGGUCUGUAAAUCAGGGGAUAUAGUUUAGGUAAAUCAAUCCAAGUCAGAAGACUCAAAUAGCUCUUAUUUAAAAUCACAAUGUCCUGAACGUUUUUUUAAUUCCCUAAACGCAAAAUCCAGAGAUAUCUGUAGUGAUCUUUUUUUGGAUUUAUAUGCCAGUAAGCAACUGUUAUAGGAACGGAACUGGCCCUGCCUCCAACGCUGUAUCCAGUUCUCUUUCUACACCCAUGGCUAGGGCGAGCUCACUAAAUAUGCUCAUGUUCAAAUGAAGCUGCUGUUCCAUGACGCAACUACAGACAUGCAUAAAACUAUUCACUUUAAAUGUUAUUUAACUGUUUUUAAAAGGGUCUACAUUCUCACAUUUGAGAAACUGGAACAGUUUGCUUAAUAAAUGCCUUUUUUGAUUGACUGGACUAUUAAAUCAUGUGCAGCAUUGUAUCUCUUAAAAUCUGUGUUUUAAUGCACGAUCAAAUACUAAAUAUUUGUAUAGCUUAGUCAUGAACUGUGUCAAAAAAUGUUCCAUAUUCCAGAUACAACAUCACUGCUUGCUAUUCAUAGGAGAGGCCUGUUUUGGCAGCGAGAUAAAAAGUAUUGUCUUAGAAAGACCUUUCCCCCAACUCUCCUAUCUCUAUUUCCAACUUUUAAAACAAAUGUGUUGUUCAGAGCGCUUUGUGAAUGCCAAGUUGGAAUCGGAAAAACAAUCAUCAAUCCUCAGAGCGAUCACACACAGGUCUGCAGGCUUGGAUCUCAGUAAUGUCUGCUGCACCUAAAGCCUCUUGGACUUUUGAGAAAGGCCAUGUCUCGGCCUGCUGUCCAAGUCUGAGCUUUUCUGCAUACCCAGUCUAUGAAUCUUGUCAGACAGAAGGCACACCGUUUGAGCCCUUGGCCGUGCGGCCUUAGUAAAUACAGGAAUGACUCUGGAAUUUCAGACAGAGAUUCAGACCAAGAACAACACUCUCUCGUUUGUCUUAUCUACCCAAAAAUAAUACCCAAGUAGGAUGCUGGUAAUACCACAAGUGUCAGAUUCCUGUCUAGAAGAGUAUUGUUCCUGGUGUGUUUGGAUUCUGGAUGGAAAAACACAACAUGCUGAACAACUUCAGUCUGAGAGGCUACAACCUGAUACUGACACACAGCUCAGCGCUAAUAAACCCAACAAACCUCAGAAAACAUUGGAACAGGCAGGAAGACAGAAAACAAGUCAAGGGAGUUCUAAUAGAUGGAAAGUUAAGUCACUGGAAAAACAAAGAGAUCAGAUUUAAGAUAAGGUAUGUCACACAUUUGAAAGCUAAUUGGCAUCUCAGAUACACAUGUCAGCAAAGAAAUCGGAAACAUCAGAAGGGACUUUCAGUACAGAAAGUUUGUAGCUGGUUAUGAUGUUAACCAGGCAAUGAUAUGUCCUUUAUCUACGAAAAAAAUGACCUUAAAAUGUUUGUACAUUUCACAACCAGGACUGUUGUGGCAGCCACUGCCAGUUACAAGCUAACAGGCUAACACGCUAUUAAGCUAAUAAUCUAAGAACCAACAAGCAAAUAAAAGAUGCAAACUUACCCUUA